CUCAAUAAAAAUGAACUUCUCUUCAUCAAAAAUAUAUUUCUUUCUCUUUUUCACAUUAGCUAUAGCAUCAAGACUAAUCUUGGCACAAAAUUGUGGUUGUUCAUCAGAUUUGUGUUGUAGUAAAUGGGGUUAUUGUGGAAAUGGAAAUGAUUAUUGUGGUGAAGGGUGUCAAGGAGGACCUUGUUUUAGUACUAAUACUCCAACCAAUAAUAAUAAUAAUGAAAUAUCAGUUUCUGAUGUUGUAACUGAUGCAUUCUUUAAUGGAAUAGCUGAUCAAGCUGCUUCUAAUUGUGAAGGAAAAGGAUUUUAUACAAGGGAUAAGUUCUUUGAAGCUCUUAAAGAUUAUACUAAUUUUGGAACUGUUGGUUCUACUGAUGAUUCUAAGCGUGAAAUUGCUGCUUUCUUUGCUCAUGUUACUCAUGAAACUGGACAUAUGUGCUACAUAAAUGAGAUAAAUGGUCCAUCAGGUGACUAUUGUGAAGAGACCAACACAGAGUACCCUUGUGUGUCAGGCAAAAACUACUAUGGUCGAGGACCAAUACAACUAUCAUGGAACUUCAACUAUGGUCCUGCUGGAAAAUCAAUUGGAUUUGAUGGAUUAAAUGAUCCAGACAUAGUAGGAAGGGAUGGUGUUAUUUCAUUCAAGACAGCCUUAUGGUAUUGGAUGAACAAUUGUCAUUCUUUAAUUACUUCUGGACAAGGAUUUGGCCCAACUAUUAGAGCUAUUAAUGGUCAGAUUGAAUGUGAUGGUGGUAAUCCUCAAACUGUUGCUAGAAGGGUUGAGUAUUAUACUCAAUAUUGUCAACAGCUUGGUGUUGACACUGGGGAUAAUCUCACUUGUUAAUUAACAAGUUGGAAUAUACAUUUUACUUACAAUAUAUAUGUUAUGAAAAUUGAAUAAGAGUUCAUUAUACUUGAACUUUUGGCCAACAUUGUAUUUUUACACUAUAUUGAUAUGAAAAAAAUUGCAAUUUAUA